AGUGUGAGAUCUACAUUUACCCAGGUACCGCCUAUUUUGAGUUACCGACAACUUCAAUGGUAUGUUAUGAGACGAAUUUUGUUGUCCAAACAGACUUGCAUGAUCAUUGGGGUGGCUGAGCUGCGAGAGCCCUUUGCCGAUACCUAGAGGACUGCUGCUAGCUGGUGACCUAGCACUAGCAGCAAUUCAUACGAUGUUUCCAGCUAGCAGAUAUUCAAUUCAAGGUAAGUUAGCUAGCCAGUUAUUCACACGCCUGUCAAUUUCCAUAUGUUCUCUGUCUCGCAUUUUGACACGUAUUGGUCCCCAUAAUUUGUCAAUGAUAGUUAUCAAAGGUAUCUAUAAUUUGAGAGUGGCAUGGACUAAGAUUUUCUUAGUAAAGAUGGUUGACAUUAGCUUUGUGGAAUCUUGAAACGCUAGCUCCAGUCUGGCACCGUCGUUGCCCAGUUUGCUAAGCUAGUUAGCUAGCUAGGUAGCUAAGCUAAAUAUAGGGCAAAGUCGAAAUCAAAUUUAAUAUAGGUCACAUUAACGAGUCUUUUGGUCAGCCAAUGUUAUUUUAGUAGGUGCAAAACUAAAAUACAUUGGUACAUUCACUCUUUCAGUGUGCGUUUUGAACUAAUAUUGAACGAAAUUAAUAUCAAUAGCAAUGCACUUUUAAAAGUAAUUGGCUUGCUAACUAGCUAGCUAGCUUGACAGUGAGUGUCAAUAUUGACAGUUGUGACGUCAAACUGCUGACAAGCCAAGGCAUGAAUCAUUUGUCUCGGAAAGCUAGCCAUAUUUGUUGACAGCUAUAGAUAACUUAACUGGCUGAUACCAGUACUCUUUUGCUGACAAUCUCAUUACUUAAAUAGACUUGGUUUACAUGCCUAUUGACAAUUGCACACCAGUGGCGGUUGGUGCCGUUCAAGAUUAGGGAGGACAAAGAAAACACAAAGAAACAAGUAUAUGGCCUUAUUUCUAUUACAGCAUAUUGGAUGACUGUCAUUCAUAUACUGUACCAUUCACCCAGCUCAAUCUAACAUAGAUGGAUAUACGCUUCUAUGUGAUACUAGAAUUUGCCCUAUACCCAUCAUGAGGUUGCUACAACCCAGCCUACAAAUGAAAGUUCAUAAUGUAGGUGCACAGGUCGAGAGACAAAUUGGAGUAAUCAAGGUGACAUAGUGACACAUUCAAUACCGACCUUGCACACUCUUGCCUGCAUCUAGCUGAUCUGGGGUGUAAUUAGUCCAAAACGAGAGUUUCUAUUGGACAAAUUCAGGUAGGUCCCUCCCCGUUUCAUUCCGUUUAAGAAACAUUUUGCAACAGAAUCGGCGGAAUGAAUACCCCCCGAUCACCCACACACACAGUUCACUUUCAUAGCAGCCACAUACAGCAUGCAUCAACAACACUUUGCUUGUUGUUGAAUUCCUUCCUCACAUAUACGCGCUCUUCUCCUCUCACCUUUUCCCUUCGCUUGUGGACUUCAGUGCACAACACAAUAGCUGUCUGUGACCAGGUGCAAAAAAACUCUCCAAGCCAAACCUUCAUACCAUAACCACUACAUAGCCUACAUCGAUGUUACCAUAUUAACGUUAUAGUCAACAAACUAGAACUUAACGCGUUAGUAAACCCACAAUCCAUCUGUACAAUCACGCAGUACAGUGUACAGCAAGCAGUUUAGCAGUUACACUGGCGGGCCCCAGUGGCAAUAAAUUAAUAAAACCGAAAGCUUAGCUUAACUUGGAAGAGUUGCAGUGUUGGAUAGCCUUAGCCUGCUAGCCAACGUAAAUAGCAUUCCUCUCUUUUUCAGCCAGGUUGUUGAGUAGGCUAAAUUAGCUGCAUUAGCUAAGUAAGUGAAAGGUAAACUAAGAGAAAAAAUACAACAAUGUAGCUAUCUCUCUCUCUCUGCUGCUUCUCCUUAAUUUUUGAAUAAAUUAAUUUGUUCAAAACUGUUCAGCUAUUGUCUUUCUCUCUCUUUGAGUCAACUACUCACCACACUAUAUGCAGUGCUAGCUAGCUGUAGCUUAUGCUUUCAGUACUAGAUUAAUUAUCUGAUCCUUUGAUUGGAUUGACAACAUGUCAGUUCAUACUGCAAUAGCUCUAAUAGGUUGGAGGACGUCCUCCGGAAGUCGUUAUAAUUACUGUGUAUGUCUAUGAAAAGGGGUGCGAACCAUGAGCCUCCUUGGUUUUGUAUUGAAGUCAAUGUACCCAGUGGACGAUGAAAAAUAGCUGUCCACCGGCUACACCAUGGUGCUACCCUAGAGGCGGGUGAGGCUACUGUAGACCUUAAUUGCCAAACAGUGUGUUUUAAUCAGUUAUUUGGUGACAUGAAUAAUUUACUAUAGUUUUAUCUAAAAAAUUAUAUAUAUAUUUUUUUUUAAAUCACUAUUUUUAUGAAAUUCGCUGAGUAGGAUGGUCCUCCCCUUCCCCCUGUGAUAAACCUCCACUGCUGCAUACACGCCCAUAAAAAUCUCAUAAGGCUGCUACGCAGAAGAAUAGUGACACAUUCAGUUGCAAUGUAUUAUACAGUGUAACAGUUCUGCUGUAUGACCCCACUUGAGUCAUCAAGAUAGCUGUAAACAAAGUAAUAUCUUGUUAUUUCUCUCCUUCAGUUGUGAUCCAUCAUAACCAGUGACAUGAAUUACCCAGGCCACCAUGAGUGUACUUUUAACUAUGUGAUUGUUAGUACUGUACAUAAGGUAACUUGUGUACACACUCUGAAGCUAUACAGUAGGACCUAACCUUAUCAGCUUCCUCGUCAGUCCCAGUUGGCACUGACUGGAUAUGCCUUGUUUUUUUGCAGCCCAUAGGUGUAUACGAGCAUUGAAAACAGUGCAAGCGGAACAUGCACCUCCACAGCUCUACACAUGGAGACGGAAUUGCUCGUCUGCAGUGAUGCCUCGCAUAACAUCACACUACACAAUCUGUCCCAGGGAUAAAGACCCACGAUGGGAAGGUACUGUGUAAUCCUCCUCACCCUUGGCACACUGUCUGAAAUGGAAUGUGUUAUAUUAUGCAAGACCCAAACACCUUUGUUUUUCUCACCUUAUACCAAUGCUGAUAACAUUUGAACUCAUCUCAUGUGAGUGGCGGGGAAUAUAUUAGGUUUGUCUUCCUAAAACAAACAUAUGUGCAGUGUUUUCCUCUAGUGGUUACGCACUCCUUUUCAGCCGGGUACUUUUUUACAAUUCGUAAGUCAGAAUAAAAGUCAGCUGAGCCCUCUCCCGCUAGAAUGAACGAUAUGAAUUAGCUAGGCUACUUUUCAAUUCUCAAGUCAGAAAAAAAGUCAGCCGAGCCCUCUCCCGCUAGAAUGAACGAUAUGCAUCUAAUAGCGAUCUAUUCAUAGGACAGGCGCCUGUCAGUCACAAAGUGAGCGAUGACAGGGAAACAUUUACAUUUUAGUCAUUUAGCAGACACUCUUAUCCAGAGCGACUUACAGUAAAUGCAUACGUUGUUUUUUUGUUUUUUGUUUUUUUGUCCAUACUGGCCCCCCGUGGGAAACAAACCCACAUCCCUGCCGGCCAAACCCUCCCCUACCUUGGACUUACCUUAGACCACUGCGCCACUCAGGAGUCACUGCUGGUUUAAGUCUGCUGUCUGUCCCACUUCCCGGUACCUGUGUGUGUGUGUUGUGUACGCUGUGGUUGAAGUCAAAUGUCUUUACCCGGAGGAGCAUGAUGCUCCUUCAUCUAUGUGAGUCAAUUUGCAUGUCCCAUAUAAUGUGGUAACGAUGAGUUGAAAUCCAUUUAGCCUAUUGUUUUCUGGUAAAAUAAUAUAUUUUCUUUAGCGUGUUACAUAUGCAGCCACGAAGUGCUGGCACAUAGGCUUACUGUGAUUUGAUUGACGAACAGCAAGCUUGACUAGUUUAUACAUGCUGUCGAACUGACUGAAUGAAAUUGAUCUCGUAUACAGUAUCCUUGUCAUUCAUAAAUCAUACAACGUAGUGAUUAUAUGCCCAUGGUAUCACAUCGGGACAAGUAAACUAAAUAUCUAGUUUGUAUUUUCGAUAUGAAGCCCAUCGGGACUUGCUAGACAGUGAAGUUAAAGUGAGUGCUCAAUCUUCCUUUCAUCAGACCAGAGAAUCUUGUUUCUCAUGGUCUGAGAGUCCUUUAGGUUCCCAUUUGUCAAACUCCAAGCGGGCUGUCGUGCCUUUUACUGAGGAGUAGCUUCCGUCUGGCCACUCUACCAUAAAGGCCUGAUUGGUGGAGUGCUGCAGAGAUGGUUGUCCUUCUGGAAUCUUCUCCCAUCUCCACAGAGGAACUAUGAAGUUCUUGGUCACCUCCCUGACCAAGGCCCUUCUCCCCCGAUUGCUCAGGUUGGCCGGACGGCCAGCUCUACGAAGAGUCUUGGUGGUUCCCAACUUCUUCCAUUUAAGAAUGAUGGAGGCCACUGUGUUUUUGGGGACCUUCAAUGCUGCAGACAUUUUUUGGUACCCUUCCCCAGAUCUGUGCCUCGACCCAAUCCUGUCUCGGAGCUCUACGGAAAACCUCAUGGCUUGAUUUUUGCUCUGACAUGCACUGUCAACUGUAGGACCUUAUCUAGACAGGUGCGUGCUUUUCCAAAUCAUGUCCAAUCAAUUUAAUUUACCACAGUUGUACUCCAAUCAAGUUGUAGAAACUUCUCAAGGAUGAUCAAUGGAAACGGGAUGCACCUGAGCUCAAUUUCGAGUCUCAUAGCAAAAGGUCUGAAUACUUCUGUAAAUAAGGUAUUUCAUUUAUUAAUUUUAUAGCAAACAUUUCUAAACCUGUUUUUUGCUAUGUCAUUAUGGGGUAUUGUGUGUAGAUUGCUGAGGAUUUUUAUUUAUUUAAUCAAUUUUAGAAUAAGGCUGUAACGUAACAAAAUGUGGAAAAAGGUCAAGGGGUCUGAAUACUUUCCGAAGGCACUGUAGGUCUACUGAUUUAAUCCAAGUGUUGACAAUGGAGUAGUCAAGUGCUUCUUUCAACGUAGCAAAGCCCAUGAUCAACAUCUGCUUCAUUCUUCAGUCAUACCUUUAUUGAAGAUAGCAGAGAAAAUGCCUCUUAAAAGGAAGCUUGAAGCCUUUGGAAGUCGGCAGACUCUUACAAGAUUCUUUAAGAAGAAGUUGUUAAACAAGUAUUUUUUUUGAAUAAAUGACAUAAAUUCAAAGAGUUGCAAACACUUGUUGAAAUUAUUUCACUAAUUGAACUGAUGUCGUUCUAUCUCUUCUCUUAACACGUAUGGACCCAGAACUUAAUUGAGUACCUACCCGUUUAUUUUAGAGACCCAUUUCAAAAAGUGCCCAUCACACAAUUUGUUUGAUUUUUAAAUUGAACCUUUUUGAUUUAUUUAUUUUUAAAGAAAUUAAGUAAAUAACCCAAAUUCUGUUUUGAUAAAAAACAUAAUUUGAAGAACAAAAAUUCAAUUCAUAUCUUGCAGUAAAAUACUGUAAUCUCGAAGACAGGUUAAAUGUAAAAAUGAAAUAAAAGUUUAAUGUUCUCUUACUUAAUAAAUAGUCCUGAUCUUUUAGGCAUAUAAUAUAUUUAUAUAAACGAACAAUACACUGAAUUCAUACAUUUUCAGUAAUUUAAAUUGUAAAUACAAUACCACAACUAAUUUGUCCAAUCAGGGAGGUAAACUCAAUAAAGUUUACAAUAAUUUCGCUGUGUAUUUCAGACGGAAUUAAGGCAUUAGAAUGUACCAGAGGCCACGGCAAUAGAGCUUGUUCGGCAAUCCUGGGGGAUAUUGUCUGUCAACUUUUUCUAUUUGGCUGGCUACUCAUGUGCUUGUGGAAAACACUAUUUGUCCUUAAAUGUGCAUCUAUGGGAUGCUGUUGCAAGUUAACGCUGAUGUCAAAACUACAAGUUUCCACUUUUGACAUUUUAGAUAGUACUACAUACUAAUAUUCCAGUUUGUCUUCACGGAGGCUUGUGUAACCUUGCCCGAGACCUGAAGACUUGCGCGAUCUCCCCCAAGAUAAUGACUAGGCUGUAGCUCAGUGGGCUAACACAUUAUUGUGCCGCUCAGACGACCGAGGUUCCAAACCCAGUUGGUGACACAUACCUAUUUGUGUGUGGCGUUUUUGUCUCUGUGCAGGUGUGGAGAUGGAGCGGUUUGCCGACGAGGCUGAUGUGGUGAUAGUGGGAGGGGGUCCCGCGGGGCUGUCGGCAGCCAUCCGGCUGAAGCAGCUGGCCAAAGAGCAGGAGAAGGAGCUGCGCGUGUGUCUAGUGGAGAAAGCGUCUCAGAUCGGAGCACACACCCUCUCCGGGGCCUGCCUGGAGCCAAGCGCCCUCAACGAACUCUUCCCAGACUGGAAGGAGAGAGGGGUAUGUUAGUGUCAUCUCAUCUGUCUCUGUGUGGAGUCAAGUGUGUGUGUAUAGGGUCUAUAGGCUAUCUGUCUCUAGCUUCAACUGUAUCUGUUAGGCUUGGGCGGUAUACCACGCAAUGGUUUUUCAAUACCGUUGAAACGAUUUAUUUUACAUUUAUUUAUACAUGUGAAUAUUUGUAGCAAUUUCUAAAGUAAAUACCUGCAGUCAACUUGUGCAAUACAUUAGGAGAUAAAGAAGAUUGCGUUCAUUAUGAAGUUUACAGGUAGUUGCUCUCUGUACUUUUGCUCCGUUAAUCUUUCCCUCGAUCCUGACUAGUCUCCCAGUCCCUGCCACUGAAAAACAUCCCCACAGCAUGAUGCUGCCACCACCAUGCUUCACCGUAGCAAUGGUGCCAGGUUUCUUCCAGACGUGACGCUUGGCAUUCAGGCCAAAGAGUUCAAUCUAGCUUUCAUCAUACCAGAGGAUCUUGUUUCUCAUGGUCUGAGAGUCUUUAGGUGCCUUUUGGCAAAAUUCAAGCGGGCUGUCAUGUGCCUUUUUUUUACUGAGGAGUAGCUUCCGUCUGGCCACUCUACCAUAAAGGCCUGAUUGGUGGAGUGCUGCAGAGAUGGUUGUCCUUCAGGAAGGUUCUCCCAUCUCCACAGAGGAACUCUGUUAGAGUGACCAUCGGGUUCUUGGUCACCUCCCUGACCAAGGGCCUUCUCCCCCGAUUGCUCAGUUUGGCCAGACGGCCAGCUCUAGGAAGAGUCUUGGUGGUUCCAAACUUCUUCCAUUUAAAAAUGAUGGAGGCCACUGUGUUCUUGAGGACCUUCAAUGCUGCAGAAAUGUUUUGGUACUUUUCCCCAGAUCUGUGCCUCGACACAAUCCUGUCUCGGAGCUCUACGGACAAUUCCUUUGACCUCAUGGCUUGGUUUAUGCUCUGACGUGCACUGUCAACUGUGGACCUUUAUAUAGACAGGUGUGUGCCUUUCCAAAUCAUGUCCAGUCAAUUGAAUUUACCACAGGUGGACUCCAAUCAAGUUGCAGAAACAUCUCAAGGAAGAUACUGAAUACUUAUGUAAAUAAGGUAUUUCUGUUUAGUUUUUUUCGCUUUGUCAUUAUGGGGUAUUGUGUGUAGAUUGAGGAUACUUUUUUUGGGGGGGGGGGAUCAAUUUUAGAAUAAAUCUGUAACUUAACAAAAUGUGGAAAAAGUCAAGGGGUCUGAAUACUUUCCGAAUGCACUGAAUAUCUACAGAAAUAAGACAGAUCCUGCUUCUAUUGCCUGUUUGAGUGUUUGUUUAAUAGCCUACUGAUUCCGUGAGCACCAAGCCUCACGCAACCACAUGUCGGAUAAACAAUUUCACAGAUUUGGCUGAUUUUCAUCUUUGCAAUGCUGUAAUAAAGGCUUUACACUUUUGUUUCAUUAGAACUACCUCUCUGGUAUUACUUAUAAUUUAUUUAGUGUUUACACUGUUCCAAACAGGAAAAAUUUCUUCUUCUUCUUCUUCUUCUUCUUCUUCUUCUUCUUAUUAUUAUUGUCAUCAUUAUAACACUAAGUAAUGUCAUUAUCAUUAGUAGACUUAUUAUAGCAGCCUUGUAUAACCACCAUCGAUCGAGCUGUAGGCCUAAGAGCGCAUCCUGUUUAGUCCUAAUACCGUAACUUACUUAGGCCUAUAUUUCAAUACUUAGGCUACUGUAUGAAUCAAUCAUUCAUUCAUUCAAGUCAUCACACAGCAUACGAGUCAUUCAUGAUUUUAAAUUCAAUCAAGCAUUUUAGUUUGAAAAUAACAUUUAUUUUGAAUAAUUAGCUGUAAACAAUAAAUAAACCGUUCCAUUUUGGCAAUUGCAUUCACGAAUGCUUGCGUUUAGUCUUUGCUGUAAUAAAGCCUUUACAACAACAACAAAAAAAUGUUACAACAGACUCUCUGGUACGCUUAUCAUUUAUUUAGUGUUGACAUUGUUCUAAACGGUCAGAAAAAUUAUAUUAUAAUCUAACAGCACCUGUUUGGCACACACGCAGUGCUUGCUCCUUAACUUCUUUUUCUUGAUCUCCAGUAUUUUCCACAACUAGUCAAAUGUAUUCCACACAUCUGACUUCCCCUUUACCUCCUGAGCAACCAGUAAACAAACAUUCCCCCAUUUCGAGUUUGUCAUGUCCUCUGCAUCCAUUUUGCUGUCACGUGUUACUGUGUUCAGAGUUUGUUAUAACCAAUUUAUUGAUGUGAUUAUGAUAUGCUAUACGUCAGGCCCUAUUGGUCAAGUGCAUGUGAUGCAUACAUGUGUCACGUAAAGAGAGCAAGGGUUAAGGUUAUAGGGAAUAUUUGUCCUUAACAAAUGAGGGAUUUCGGUAACAGAACUUUUCAGUCAGAAAUGGCUGUAAUUAUGUUGCAGCGUCAUCAAGACGGACAGCGUGAUAAACACUGAUGUUCUGUGGUGGUUGCUGCAGCAGGGAUGAGAGGGAGACAACGGGUGCUAGUCACACAAUCACUCGCUGUCUUUUUUUUUUUUGUUUUUUUUACACUGCAAAGCAAGUCCAAGCCCGGCCCGCACAAUCAAAUCAAUUGUGGUCAGAAGCCCUCUAGUCGUUUGUGUGUCUUAAUUAUUUCGUCAAACAGUGAGCUUAAAGCAUCAGAUAUAGUUGAUUAGAUUAAUACACAGCCCUACUCCACUCGCUUGCUUGCUCAUGUGUGUAUUCCUUCUUUUGGGUAAUGUAGGUGGGCAGCGAUAUCAAUAAUUAGCUGGCAAGCCUUUAGGGUUAUCAGGCAAACCUACUUUACUGGUGACAUGCACUCGGGGCAAAUUUGAAUAUUUCUGCAAAACUUUGAUCUAUGUGCUAAUAUUUUGAUUUUCCUUAUUUUAUUCUGUUAGUUAUAGCAGAGUUGGAGUCAGUGGGCCAUACACAGUCAUGAAUUGAAUUACACUCCUGUGGAGAUGUGCCCUAUCUAGUUCCACUGAGAGAGAGAUUUAUAAAUGAAAUGCACUCACAUCGGAGGGCUGCUUCAGCAGGUCUGUUGAACAUGUUCAAAUGUCAUUCAGAAGAAAGAUGCAUUUUCACACAGAGUUCACUCCGCAGGAGUUUCUUUCCACUGAGAGAGAUUAAAAUGAAAUUGUCCACAACUCUGCUCUCUAUUAUUGAAGUAUUGAGCACGUCAGUCUAAGAAAGGUUGUUAGUCUAUGAAAGGUUGUGAGGGAUAUGCAGCAUAAUUCCUUGUUUUAUUUUUUCAGUCUCAGACAUUACAUUUAAGUAAUUUUAGCAGAUGCUCUUAACAAGAGAGACUUACAGGAGCAAUUAGGGUUAAGUGCCUUGCUCAAGGGCACAUCGACAGAUUUGUCACCUAGUUUGCUCAGGGAUUCGAAACGGCAACCUUUCAGUUACUGGCCCAACGCUCUUAAACCGCUAGGCUACCUGCCGCCAUACCUAACUGCAGACAUAACUAUCACAGUACAUCACAGACAUAACUAUGAGAGUACAUCACAGUCCUAGACAACACUAGUGUACUACCCAAGGGAACAUCUUGCAAGCAACACUUAAGCUAAAAAUAAAGUGUUGAUGUUCUGUUAUUUGUGUACUCUUCUCUUAGGCACCCUUGAAUACACCAGUGACCGAGGAUUUGUUUAGCAUUCUAACCGAGAAAUAUAGAAUCCCUGUCCCAAUGUUGCCAGGUAAAGGCACAUGCAUGUUUACAUGACAUCUUUUCAAAUGACAACUCUAGCUUGUCACCUGUAAGCUCUGUCCUAAACAUAAAGCUAUUAUGGUAUUAGCCUUGACUGUGCAGUCUUUGUUUUUCAUUCUAUUAAAUUUUUUGAUUUUCCCAUAGGUCUGCCCAUGAACAACCAUGGGAACUACAUUGUGCGGCUGGGUCACUUUGUACAUUGGUUGGGAGAGCAGGCUGAGGAGCUGGGAGUGGAGAUAUACCCUGGCUACGCUGCUGCUGAGGUGAGCACCGCCCACCAUUCAUGACAAUUUCAGAAAACACAGGCCAUCUUAUUAAUAUUGGCGUGACAAUUACCAUUGACAAGGUACAUUUAUCUUUCCUCGGGAAACACGUGCCGUCAUCAUUGCUUUGCACAAAAAGGGCUUCACAGGCAAUGAUAUUGCUGCUAGUAAGAUUGCACCUAAAUCAACCAUUUAUCGGAUCAUCAAGAACUUCAAGGAGAGGUUCAAUUGUUGUGAAGAAGGCGUCAGGGCGCCCAAGAAAGUCCAGCAAACGCCAAGACCGUCUCCUGAUUCAGCUGCGGGAUCGGGGCACCACCAGUGCAGAGCUUGCUCAGGAAUGGCAGCAGGCAGGUGUGAGUGCAUCUGCACGCACAGUGAGGCGAAGACUUUUGGAGGAUGGCCUGGUGUCAAGAAGGGCAGAAAGAAGCCACUUCUCUCCAGGAAAAACAUCAGGGACAGACUGAUAUUCUGCAAAUGGUACAGGGAUUGGACUGCUGAGGACUAGGGUAAAGUCAUUUUCUCUGAUGAAUCCCCUUUUCCGAUUGUUUGGGGCAUCCGGAAAACACCUUGUCAUGAGAAGACAAGGUGAGCACUACCAUCAGUCCUGUGUCAUGCCAACAGGAAAGCAUCCUGAGACCAUUCAUGUGUGGGGUUGCUUCUCAGCCAAGGGAUUGGGCUCACUCACAAUUUUGCCUAAGAACACAGCCAUGAAUAAAGAAUGGUACCAACACAUCCUCAGAGAGCAACUUCUCCCAACCAUCCAAGAACUGUUUGGUGACGACCAAUGCCUUUUCCAGCAUGAUGAGCACCUUGCCAUAAGGCAAAAGUGAUAACUAAGUGGCUCGGGGGGAAAAAACAUCAACAUUUUGGGUCCAUGGCCAGUAAACUCCCCAGACCUUAAUCCCAUUGAGAACUUGUGGUCGAUCCUCAAGAGGCAGGUGGACAAACAAAAACACACAUUCGGACAAACUCCAAGCAUUGAUUAUGCAAGAAUGGUCUGCCAUCAGUCAGAAUGUGGCCCAGAAGUUAAUUGACAGCAUGCCAGGGCGGAUUGCAGAGGUCUUGAAAAAGAUAGGUCAACACUGCAAAUAUUGACUCUUUGCAUAAACGUAAUGUAAUUGUCAAUAAAAGCCUUAUGGAAUGCUUGUAAUUAUACUUCAGUAUACCAUAGUAACAUCUGACAAAAAGAUCUCAUAACACUGAAGCAGCGAACUUUGUGAAGACCAAUACUUGUGUCAUUCUCAAAACUUUUGGCCCACGACUGUAGAAUGAUAUUUUGAGCCAGCUCCGUUUCAUGCCCGACAUCGAUUUCACUGUGAUUGUUGACGUAUAGUGACGGCUUUCAUUGAUCGUUUUUGCAGUGUUUCAUUUUUUUUUUUUUUGUUUUUUUUUCUGGGAACGUCAUUAAUAUGCGAUAGAUUCUCUCUAUCAUGUGUUGCACAUUCAUCCCCCAAUUUUUUUUAUUGUUUAUAUAUAUAUGUCCCCUUAUUACUUUUCAACCCACCAUCUUUCCCUACUUGGAGUAAAUUAGUGAACAACAACGCCCAGGCCUAUACUUCCGGUCCAUACUCACUAUCUACACCUUAUGGACAGAGUUAAUUUUACAAUAAUUCUAUAUCUAUAUAUAUAUAUAUAUAUACAUAUACACACACACACACACAUAUAUAUAUAUAUAUAUAUAUAUAUAUAUAUAUAUAUAUAUAUAUAUAUAUAUAUAUACAUAUACACAUACACAUCUAUUUAUUUUUUUUCUCCUGAACUUCUUCUACUCUCAACCUCUCCGAUCAUCUUCAUGAUGUCCAUCCGGUUUGCCUCUAAAUGCCAUAUCUUUCUAACUGUGCUCCUUCCCAAAAGCUCCCAACAUACAACCUAUAUACUUAUUAUGGACACAGUAUGCUUACAUUAUUAGCUAUCUUUGUUAUUAUUUGUUGUUAUUUGUUAUUAGUCCCAUCCUUCAACUCUAUUCAAUACCUCCCAUCUAUCUCUUAACACCAUCCAUAUAGGAUUUCUAUUUGCCAUAUAUAUUUCAACCAUACUGUGAUGUUUUACAAAAGUUGUGUCAUUCUACUUUCAAAAGUGUUUAAUUUCUGAUUUUGUUUUUAAGGUUUUGUUUCAUGAAGAUGGAAGUGUGAAAGGAAUUGCCACCAAUGAUGUGGGCAUCGCUAAGGAUGGUUCGCCAAAGGUAAUCUUAUGCAGAUUUAUGUCAAAGUUAUUUUCCUUGGACAAUCUACAAAUGUUUUUCUCCUAGGUAUGGUCAUUUUGUACAGUAGAGUUUGACUGUAAAAACUGAGUUUCAUAAAAACAAGGAAGAAUCAGCACUGAAUAGAAUAUAAUUUGUUUUAUGAAAACGACAAGUAGCCUCAUCCCUGGUGUAUCAGAAUAACAUGCUCCUCUCCAUUUGCCUCUGCAGGAUGUGUUUGAGAGGGGGAUGGAGCUCCAUGCUAAGGUGACCUUGUUCGGAGAGGGCUGCCACGGCCACUUGGCCAAGCAGCUCUACAGGCAGUUCAACCUCAGGGAGAACUGUGAACCACAGACCUACGCCAUUGGCCUGAAAGAGGUAAAAUUCCAAAGCUCCUAUUGGUUGAGAAAUAGUGUCUUUGUAUUUGGACCGAAUUAAACAAAUCAUCUGUUCUGUUUUUAAUCAGUCAUACAAUACAGAUAUCUUAAUGGAGUCAAAUCAGAAUGUCAUUCAUUAAAUUUUUGUCAUUUAGCAGAUGCUUUAUGCAUAACGACUUACAUGAAUGGUGUUAUUUUUCUGUCUAACCAGCUGUGGGUGAUUGAUGAGAAUAAGUGGAGACCGGGCAGAGUGGAGCAUUCGGUGGGCUGGCCGUUGAACAGGAACACGUAUGGCGGCUCCUUCCUCUACCACCUGAACGAGGGCGAGCCACUGGUGGCCUUGGGCUUUGUGGUGAGUCCCGGUUAUGGUGGCCAUUUUGGCUCCUUGCCAUUGUCAACAGGCAAACUACUAGCCAUGCUAACACUUGGAAAUGGUCUAAACUCUAAAUGAAAUAACCUUUGUAAAACUGAGGUCAGUGUAUGUCAAUGCACUAUACUUCUACCUUAUCUAAUUGGCGUUUUUAAGGGGAUGCUUCUCAGCUUAUCUUGUGAAGCUUAAUUAGGCCAACUUGGGCCUAAAGGGAAAACUUGGGAUAUGUGAUAACUCAAACUUUUAUGAAGAUCAUACAUUGAGGUCAAUGAGAGAUUGUAGCACAAACGGAAUGCCGUGUAUUUCCCCACUUCCAGGUUGGUCUUGACUACACCAACCCCUACCUCAGCCCCUUCAGAGAGUUCCAGCGCUGGAAGCACCACCCCUUCGUUGCCAAGACCCUGGAGGGAGGUAACAGAAUCGCCUACGGAGCCAGGGCCCUCAACGAGGGAGGCUAUCAGGUGUGUGUGUGUGUGUGUGUGUGUGUGUGUGUCAUGUGUAUGUUACUUAUGUAUUACUCAAAGGUGUGUGCGGCUCUGCCAAGGUUUCCGUUAGCCGGUAAUAGCCGGAUUUCCGCAGAUAAAUAAAAUCGCUGCCGGCCAAUUGUCCGGGAGAAGAAGAAAAAUCCCAUUGCGAAGUAAUGCUUUUUAACCUAUUCAUUGAUGGAAAUACCAGUCAAUGGAAAUACAUUUGACUGGUCAUGCUUAUCGUUCUAUAGGUUAAUUUGCAUAAUUCUGUGGAAUUAAAUUGGCGCGUGUGUACAGUGUUUUAUGUAUCUUAUUUAUCACAUGCCUACAGCAUACAGAUACAGAACCUUUGAGCGGAAAAUCUGUCAGACAGCACGAGAGCUGCUGCUACAGCAUCUCAAACAGAAAAUGCAUAUGCAACGGAAGGCAGGCUUCAUCAGCGCGUCACACACCACUUUGCAAUGAGCUGGAGGCAGUAUGCAUUUUGAAAACAUAUACUUAAACCUGAACGUUUUAUUACAUAUUAUGAGGCAUGUCUUACCUUGCUUCAAAGUAGCCUAGCCAAAAUCAGACCAUAUCCGUAGAGGCAAUUAUUUUAUAUCAACUUUCUCUCAUUGUCCAGUAGCCAAAGGCACAAUCCUAGUCAUAUUAGCAACCCAUGCUAGUUGUUGCAUAUUAGAGCUCCCCUCUUUCAACAUUUCAAACAGAUAUUUUCAUCUCUGUCACAUGAAACCGCUUGCAUGUGUGGUGCACUUUGACAAUGGUGUUUUCCAAUUGAUUGCAUUAUGGAACGAACAUUCGCACGUAGCCUUACUGCCUUGUGCGCGUUGAUCGAAAAAAAAAAAAAUACUUUAUCAACAUUUUAAGCUAAACGUUCAGAUCUCAUUGCUUUUUAUUUUUUAUGUAGCCUAGGCCAACUGGUUGUAUGAAUUUGGGAUCCAUCGUCCCACAAAUGUCCCAGAGUCUGUUUGGAAUAGGCUGUUUCUUUCUCGAAAAGCUGACCAAUAGAAUAGGUCAACUUUUCUACUAUGGGGGAUAGUAGAUUGACAUAGGCUAGUGAUUUUGCUGUUCUUUACUCAUCUUGUUGGCUGAGGAAAAGUACAUGUGGACAGUUAUUCUAACAUCUUCAAAAUGUGCAUCAGAAUUCGGUAAGAAGGACCACACAUCGUUGCAUCCUCAACUUCCAUGUUCUGUUAAUAAUCUAAAUGUGAUUUCUGUCAUUCUGAGCACCGUGGAUGGAAACCCUAAUCAGGUUAUGCACCCAAUGCAUAUGGGUCUGAUAACUUAAAAUGCUGCCUGUCAAAUGCCCAGUGCCACAUUUUCGUAAUGGAAACCCUGCUCUGUGCGUGCUUCGGUGACAAUGUGUGUCUCGGCAUCAAAAAUGGGAAAUGCAUUAAUCUUAUGUCAGGUUCUUAUUCAGUGAAAGCAUUUUACCAUUACAUUCAAGAUUACAAUCUUUACCUGUCUGUUCCUCCAUCCAGUGCCUCCCUAAAGUGACAUUCCCUGGGGGGAUGCUUAUCGGAUGCAGUCCGGGCUUCAUGAAUGUACCAAAGAUCAAAGGCACCCACACGGCCAUGAAGAGUGGCAUGCUGGCCGCAGAGGCCAUCUUCCCCAAAGUCACAGCCGAAGACCCAUCAUCUGAAACGGCAGGUAGGUUAAACCAGACCAAAACCUUUUCCAUUUAAAUGCUCCCUCACACACACCUCUCGCUAAUUGUGAGGUAAAGGCAUAUUUCUACACUAUAAAAUAUGCAAUGAAUACACUAUUAAAGAGUGUAAUUUGUUAGUCAUUUAUCUCUAAUGCUAAUAGGGAAAACAAACAUGCUAAUUUCUUCUCUCCAGUGUGUCAUUUAUAUAUGUACAUGAAUGGAAUUUUAUUUUAUUCUAUCAAAUACACAAAAAGUAAAUGAGCAAUUUCAUUUGUGGGUGCAAGAUAAUCUCUAACAUUUUACUGUCAUCCGAAUACAAUUAUACUUAUUUUCUGGUAAUUUGUCCUCCAGGACUUCACGUACCGGAGUAUGAGGACAAUUUGAAGAAGUCUUGGAUCUGGAAAGAGCUGUACGCAGUGAGGAACAUCAGGCCGUCGUUCCACAACUACUUUGGACUGUAUGGGGGCAUGGUCUACACCGGUGUCUUCUACUGGAUACUUAGAGGGAAGGAGCCAUGGACACUGAAACAUGCAGGUACAACAUAUUGAUGUUUUGUAUGACAUAUGCAUCAUGAAAAAUUGUCUGUUUCUGUUUUAGCCAAGUUGUUAUUGGACAAGGCAACAACUCAGUUUUGCUAAAUGCACAACAAAAUCGUGCACUCAUGCUGAGAAUUGCCUCAAGGAACAAACCAAUGUUGUUUUAUCUGGCCUGUAACCAACUGAGGUUUGAUAACUCUUUUACCCUAGGCUUGGACUCGGCCCAGCUGAAACCGGCUAAGGAGUGCACGCCCAUUGAGUACCCCAAGCCCGAUGGCAAGCUGAGCUUCGACCUGCUCUCUUCUGUGGCUCUGAGCGGUACCAACCACGAGGGGGACCAGCCCCCCCACCUCACCCUGAAGGAUGACAGCAUCCCUGUGGCCAACAACCUGGCCAUUUACGACGGGCCCGAGCAGCGCUUCUGUCCAGCAGGUACCACUGAUGCACAUUUACAAAUCCUACCUCAGCCCAUACACCAUAGGCACUUCAUUUAGAUCUGAAAGGGUUGGAUAGGUAUAAGCAAUAGGUAAUUAUCAAUAAAACGUUACAAUACGGUGCAGAGCAUACGAUCUGGCUGCUGGGGGGCAAGGAGACCCCCAGCUCCGCUAAAAUCAUUGACAAUUACGUGCCGAUUUUCAAGGGAUUGCUAAAUAAAUGUUAUAGCUACCUAGCUAACUAUUUGGCUUUAAUAUAGUCACCUCUUGAAGAGCAUAGUCAGAUCUACACAGUUCUGAUUAUUCCACAUUUAGCUAGCUCUAUCAUCAGUGCUUUUCAUGAUCAGUAAACAUGAAUUGAUCAUGUAAUUUUAGUGAGGAUAGCCUAUCCAUUGGCAUGUAGCUAGCUAAGCAAACAAUGUGUCAUUUAGUUGCUUCAUCAGAUUAGGCUUUUGGAAAUAGCUUGACAUUGGCAAGUCCUGGUAAAGUUGUCAGUUGGACUAUUGUCAUCACCACUAUACAGUGGGGGAAAAAAGUAUUUAGUCAGCCACCAAUUGUGCAAGUUCUCCCACUUAAAAAGAUGAGAGAGGCAUGUAAUUUUCAUCAUAGGUACACGUCAACUAUGACAGACAAAAUGAGGAAAAAAAAUCCAGAAAAUCACAUUGUAGGAUUUUUAAUGAAUUUAUUUGCAAAUUAUGGUGGAAAAUAAGUAUUUGGUCAAUAACAAAAGUUUCUCAAUACUUUGUUAUAUACCCUUUGUUGGCAAUGACACAGGUCAAACGUUUUCUGUAAGUCUUCACAAGGUUUUCACACACUGUUGCUGGUAUUUUGGCCCAUUCCUCCAUGCAGAUCUCCUCUAGAGCAGUGAUGUUUUGGGGCUGUCGCUGGGCAACACGGACUUUCAACUCCCUCCAAAGAUUUUCUAUGGGGUUGAGAUCUGGAGACUGGCUAGGCCACUCCAGGACCUUGAAAUGCUUCUUACGAAGCCACUCCUUCGUUGCCGGGGCGGUGUGUUUGGGAUCAUUGUCAUGCUGAAAGACCCAGCCACGUUUCAUCUUCAAUGUCCUUGCUGAUGGAAGGAGGUUUUCACUCAAAAUCUCACGAUACAUGGCCCCAUUCAUUCUUUCCUUUACACGGAUCAGUCGUCCUGGUCCCUUUGCAGAAAAACAGCCCCAAAGCAUGAUGUUUCCACCCCCAUGCUUCACAGUAGGUAUGGUGUUCUUUGGAUGCAACUCAGCAUUCUUUGUCCUCCAAACACGACGAGUUGAGUUUUUACCAAAAAGUUCUAUUUUGGUUUCAUCUGACCAUAUGACAUUCUCCCAAUCCUCUUCUGGAUCAUCCAAAUGCACUCUAGCAAACUUCAGACGGGCCUGGACAUGUACUGGCUUAAGCAGGGGGACACGUCUGGCACUGCAGGAUUUGAGUCCCUGGCGGCGUAGUGUGUUACUGAUGGUAGGCUUUGUUACUUUGGUCCCAGCUCUCUGCAGGUCAUUCACUAGGUCCCCCCGUGUGGUUCUGGGAUUUUUGUUGUGCUUGUGAUCAUUUUGACCCCACGGGGUGAGAUCUUGCGUGGAGCCCCAGAUCGAGGGAGAUUAUCAGUGGUCUUGUAUGUCUUCCAUUUCCUAAUAAUUGCUCCCACAGUUGAUUUCUUCAAACCAAGCUGCUUACUUAUUGCAGAUUCAGUCUUCCCAGCCUGGUUCAGGUCUACAAUUUUGUUUCUGGUGUCCUUUGACAGCUCUUUGGUCUUGGCCAUAGUGGAGUUUGGAGUGUGACUGUUUGAGGUUGUGGACAGGUGUCUUUUAUACUGAUAACAAGUUCAAACAGCUGCCAUUAAUACAGGUAACGAGUGGAGGACAGAGGAGCCUCUUAAAGAAGAAGUUACAGGUCUUUGAGAGCCAGAAAUCUUGCUUGUUUGUAGGUGACCAAAUACUUAUUUUCCACCAUAAUUUGCAAAUAAAUUCAUUAAAAAUACUCAGUAGUAUCCGGUCACCACCCAUACCAGCCGCCGAAUUCACUCAUACACACAGACCCCACCCCAUGCCACCGAAAUGCCCAACAAAACAUAAUAGUUCAAUGGAGCCCCCUAUUGGCUCUCCACUAUUUAUACAUUACUUCCAUAACCACACCAGUCAUGGUCUGAUCACCCAUCAAACCCCAUCACAUGAUCAAACAACGGUAUAACCUUAAACUCAUAUUCUCUACUUUCUCACCCAUUACGUACGUCUACGUUCGGGUGAGCAAGUUCAUACAUAUACAUUUAGAAAUGUAUAGGUACCUCUCAAAUAAUCGCUUCGUGGUGUUUUUAGCCAAUUCUUAAUUGACACAAAUCACUUCUUAGUCUUUCCUGACUCUCCAAAAGCCAUACUCUCGCUGUCUCCAGCCCCUCCCCUCGCGGUUCUCCCUCCUGUGUCCAGUCGGAACAGGUUUUGUCUGUUUUUCGUUUUAAUUUGUAAUAUUUGUCCGUUAUUUAAUUAUUUAAAGUAUGUCUAUCUAUUUAUUUAAAUCAAAUUAUUCCCACCUAAUUAGUUAAAGUCGGUGCAUAUUUAUAUUUCAACGAUAAACCAAAUUAUUUCAGUCUAAUUAUUUAACCAGUAUUUUGCAGGGUCAAACAUCAAACGUUAAAUUAAAUAAUAAACCAAAUUGCUUCAACUUAAUUAUUUAAAACCAGUAUUAUGCUGUGUCAAACAUCAAACGUUACAGUUCAGUUAUAUCAGUUCAAACGUUUCAGUUUAGUCAUACUAGUUAUUCAUUAUUCUAAUUGUUAUUAACGGGUUAUACGGUUUAAGCAACCACAGACUUAACUCCUAAUUCGUUUUCUAUCAAGGUAUACAGGUUUAUUAAUUUUAAUAACCCGCAUUCACUCUUUUAUUACACUGGGAUCAUUCGCACUCUCAUGCAUACAACACCCUACACUCUAAAGUGUCCCUCUGAUCCUAGCCGUAUCUAGCCCUCUGAUACGUGUCAGUAGUGCAACACUAUCUAAAAUUGUAAGUGUCCCUCUGAUCCUAGCCGUAUCUAGCCUUCUGAUACGUGUCAAUAGCGUAACACUAUUAAGCCAAUAAUUCCCUACGCCUCCAGUUCUCACCACUGGUGAUCCUAGCCUGGAGUCGACUAAAAUGUAAGUGUCCCUCUGAUCCUAGCCAUAUCUAGCCUUCUGAUACGUGUCAGUAGCGCAACACUUUUAGACCAAUGAUUCCCUAUAUCCCACAGUUCCCACCCCUGGUGGUCCUAGCCUGGGGAUUUCAGUAUUUUACCCGAUCCUAGCCGUACCUAGCCCUCUGGUAUGUGACGGUGGAACAAUACUCUAUAAUACCAUGGUUUAACAUCACAUUCACCACAGGUUUGCAUGUCACAAUAUGGUGCUUAUCUACUCAUAAUAAUUUGUAUAAUAAUUCAUAAUUUAGUUCACUUACAUCAGACAGGUGUUUCACAAAAUUAAUUUGGAUAAAGCCAAUGUGCAGAACUUUAGUUAUAUAACAAUAGGUGUCUGCUUACCUGUUUUUAGUAGUCCGGACUCUUUGUGAAACACACCGUCCAAUGACAGAGAUGUCCAAUGGGCCGGACAAUACCCAGCGAAGUCCCUCUACCAGAUCACGUCGGUGGUCACCAAUUGUUAAGUUGCGUCAAUUCAAAUCUGGUAUUUGAACAAAAAGAGGUCAAUACACGUCUUCUAAAAUAGACUAGUAAUUUAAUUAAUGCAAAACACUUCAAUGGUAAAUAUGAUGUUCGUAUAUACGGGUCCACUGAAAAACCAUGCAGGGCAGUCAGAGAACUGGUCCAUUGUUAUAAGUUCUUCUUUAAAUACUCUGACAGAGAUAGUUCCCGCUCCCUGCUGGCCUAUCAGAGUAGAGACUGAGCGUGGUUUAGACUUACUCAGCCUAUCGUUGGCGCACAGGCUGGUCCCAGCCCCUUGGCGCUUCACUGUUGCCAGGUGUCAGUUGUUUUCUCCACAACUUGUCCAGAGAGUCAGCACUUUUGCAGUACACAUGUCCUUGAGCAGUCUAACAAAGAGGCUGUGUGUGUGUCACAAGUCUUAUCUCAUCCUACCCCCUAACGUUCCUCACAUUAAUCACAGCUUGUUAUGUUAAACAGUCUAUAUCAGUUCAGCACAAACCUAUUAUGUUUAAUCAUUAAUGCUUUCUUAUUAAGCUAACAGCACAUCUAAAAUAAGAGAAUAAUUUCCCACAUUACGUUACAGCCUUAUUCUAAAAUGGAUUAAAUAAAACAAUUUAUUCACCAAUCUACACACAAUACCCCAUAAUGACAAAGUGAAAACAGGUUUUUUAGACAUUUUUGCACAUUUAUAAAAAAAUUAAUAAAAAAAAACAUACCUUAUUUGCAUAAGUAUUCAGACCCUUUGCUGUGAGACUCGAAAUUGAGCUCAGGUGCAUCCUGUUUCCAUUGAUCAUCCUUGAGAUGUUUCUACAACUUGGAGUCCACCUGUGGUAAAUUGAAUUGAUUGGACAUGAUUUGGAAAGGCACACCUGUCUAUAUAAGGUCCCACAGUUGACAGUGCAUGUCAGAGCAAAAACCAAGCCAUGAGGUCGAAGGAAUUGUCCGUAGAGCUCCGAGACAGGAUUGUGUCGAGGCACAGAUCUGGGGAAGGGUACCAAAACAUUUCUGCAGCAUUGAACGUCCCCAAGAACACAGUGGCCUCCAUCAUUCUUAAAUGGAAGAAGUUUGGACCCACCAAGAUGAUUCAUAGAGCUGGCCACUCAGCCAAACUGAGGGGAGAAGGGCCUUGGUCAGGGAGGUGACCAAGAACCUGAUGGUCACUCUGACAGAACUCUAGAGUUCCUCUGUGGAGAUGGGAGAACCUUCUAGAAAGACAACCAUCUCUGCAGCAGUCCACCAAUUAGGCCUUUAUGGUAGAGUGGCCAGACGGAAGCCACUCCUCAGUAAAAGGCACAUGACAGCCUGCUUGGAAUUUGCCAAAAGGCACCUAAAGACUCUGACCAUGAAACAAGAUUCUCUGGUUUGAUGUAACCUAGAUUGAACUCUUUGGCCCGAAUGCCAAGCGUUACAUCUGGAUGAAACCUGGCACCAUCCCUACAGUGAAGCAUGGUGGUGGCAGCAUCAUUCUGUGGGGAUGUUUUUCAACGGCAAGGACUGGGAGACUAGUCAGGAUUGAGGCAAAGAUGAAUGGAGGAAAGUACAGGGAGAUGCUUGAUGAAAACCUGAUGAAAAAUGUAAUCAAUUUUAGAAUAAGGCUGUAACCGAACACUGAAGUUAAGAGGUCUGAAAACUUUCUGUAGGCACUGUAAUAAUAAUUGCAGUUUACAACUUAAAUGUAUUCUGUACAUACAUUCCACUAGGGCUAUAGCCUAAUACAGAGUCAGAAUGGGAACAAAUUAAAAGCAUGCAAGGGAGGCUAAAUGACCAGUGACAAACUGAGCUACUGGGUGAAGACUAGUGCCUAUGUCUGCAAUGAGUCACAUUUACUGGAGUACCACAAUCUAAAACAAUGUUGGUCCCCUAUAAUGCAUAACUGCUUGGCCUUGCAUUCUGGUGCAACACAAACAUCCACGUCAUAUGCUAUUUUCUAUCUUUCCUGUAACAAUUUCUAGAGUAUUCCUCCAGUACAUUGAUGUUCACCUUGGCUGCGAGGGUGUGUCUGCAGCCUCAGCAGCAUGUUGUCCAGUCUCUCCAGCCCCUAUCUGUCCUUGACACCUUGGACAGCUUCUAUUGACUGCCUGGUGCACAGGUGACAUGUCUACACCGUCCUCCUCCUCAGUCGACCAGUGUCCUAAAGACAAUAUACAGUAUAUAGGCCUAAUAGUACAUAACAAUAAUAAUUUAUUGAUUGUUACCAGGUAGACCAGGAAGAUUUAGGCUAGUUAUGAAAGUGACUACCAGCCUGAGCGUUCAGAAGUUAUAGCAAUUAGCUAGCCAUAAGGGUUCGGCUUAGGCUAAUAUGUAGCUAGUUAGCUAUCUAGAUGACAAAUAAUGAUAUGGGUAUCAUACUUUACUCGUAAAAUACCAAUCCUACAGGAGCCUUCUCUUGUGGCUGGCAAGCUAGAAUCUGGCAAGCUACUGUAGAAUUAGACAUUAGCCAGUUCAUUUUAGCUCUUAGCUAAUAGCAAUGACAAAUGCUCUUCAAUUGGACUAUGAGCAUUUUAUUUUGUACACUUAUCAAAGACGACAACAUAAAGACGAGCGCUAAAUCAAGUAGAUAGCUACAGUAACGUUAGCUACCUUGCCUCGUUUUGGCUGACUGCCUACUACUCUGGUUAUCAGAAGUUCAUUUCACAGAAUCAUCUUAUCAAUCGGAAAAAAUAUUAUAAUAACCAACCAAAAUGAAUUGUAUACAGUUACUUACCUUAAUAUUGUUGUCCUGAUCUCAAUUACAAAGCUGUCAAAGGUAGGAGAACCCUUUCAGGUCCAGUGAAGUCAAGGAGCCUCCCAGUGGCAACGCUCACUUUCAGUCCCUUGCCAAAACUCACAAUUUGCUCAAACCUGCCAAUGAUGCAUUGGCGUCAAUGUUACUAUGGCAAUUCAAGAUGGCACUACCCAUACCUCUAUUGAAUUUGGUUGAAUAACAAAAUCCAAAAAAUACAGAUGUUUGUUAAAUUUACAGUGGAUUGAAUACAUCUCUUUACUUCCUAAGAGUUUCCAUUCCCCUUAAAUGACGCCCUUCUUUCCCCCCUGCUAAAUGUGUAUGUGACCAAUACAAUUUGAUUUGACUAGGUGUAUACGAGUACGUUCCCCUUGAGACUGGAGAAGGUAUGAGGUUGCAGAUCAACGCUCAGAACUGCGUCCACUGCAAGACGUGUGACAUCAAGGACCCCAGCCAGAACAUCAACUGGGUAGUGCCCGAAGGCAGUGGAGGACCAGCCUACAACGGAAUGUGAUUUUCUUUUCCAGGCAUAUCAUGAGGCACCAAUUGUAGCAGUGAGAUCAGAAAAACGAUACAGACCCUCUCCGUGGAGAUGGCUGCAAAAACACAUUCAGGGCUUGCUGCCAAGACAGCUUUUAGAAUCCGAUACUGUGUGCCUAGAUAUGAAACUGAUUGUCACCAUAUUCUUUCAAUAUGGGCAUAUAACAUGUACAGUUUUCUGAAAGAAUAAUGCUACUAAAAAGUAUUUUAGAUGUGUAUGCCAUGAGCAGAAAAAGCUGCAUUGACU